AUGACUCCCAAAUGCCCUGCCCCUCGCUUCCCCCCCUCCGUCGUCUCUCGUGAGGACGACGAAAGAAAAGAAGUUAAGUUAUGCAGCGAUGAAGGCUCCCACGACGAAGAUGAUGAACUCCCCUCCCCCGGCGCCGCCUCCAGCAAAAGAGUACAACUACUUGGGGAAAUAUCCAGCAACGGCGGCGAUGAGAGCUCUGACGAUGACCGAAAGAGCAACGACAGAGAACACCGGCGGCCGCCAAAGAUAUCUUCCAAAGACAACAUCACCGUUCAACCAGCACCAAACCUGAGGUUUUGGCCCCCUGAUGAUGAGAUCACGAUCCUUAAAGGUCUCAUCGACCACCGCUCCGAGGUGGGCAACCUUCCGUCCCCCAAGCAACUGCAAAGCCGAGUCUGCGGUUCUCUCAAGGCCAUGGCCAACUGCAGUCAGUUCUCUGACAAAGUAUGGCAGCUUCGAAGGAAAUUCCAAGCCAAUGGCAAGCGCGGCCGCAGCGUCGAUAGCUUUGCCGACCCUCACGAGAGGGCCGUUUUUGAUCUCUCCAACCAGAUAUGGGGAGAUCAGAACAGUACUACUGCAAAUAAGAAGAAAGAGAUGACUGGCAACGCAGUUGAUGCGCAGGACGUUUGUUCGAGGGAGGAGGUAAUGAAGGUUCGGUAUCCACAUUUGUGGGAAGCCGUGACAAGGAAGGCUAAUGAGGUUGAGUAUGGAGGGGAGGCCAUGAUGAGGAAACUCAAGAAGCUAGGGGAUUCAAAGGCAAGCAUGGCUCAGAAGAUUCUUGUGGACUUGGAUAAGGCCAAGAUAAAGAUAACCAUGAGCAGGGCGUCUUUGUUGAAAGACACUUUUAGAUUGCUCGACGAAGGAUUGAACGAAAAGGGCUGA